AUGGGAGGCGGCCCCGAAAAGGAACACCUCCUCAUCGUCCUGUGGCAGCCCGAGCCCAAGGAUGUCACGGCCGAGAUUCAGCGGCGAUUCCCGCAUUUUGAGAUUAAAUACUUUCAACAACUUCCCCCCGAAGGAGGGCAGAUUGUGGACAAGAGAGGGCAGGUUCCACAGGAGCUAUGGCAAUGGGUCACCAUCCUGAUCACCCUGUCAUCCCUCCCCGCGCGCGCCGAAGAUGCUCCCAACCUCAAACUCAUCCACCUCUUCAUGGCCGGCUUCGACCACUACAGCAACCAUCCCAUCGUCACCGACAGCGACAUCCCCAUCACCUCGUCCUCGGGCAUCCACGGGCCCCCGAUCGCCGAGUGGAUCGUCAUGACCACCCUCGUCCUCAGCAGGCGCUACGCCACCGAGUACGAGUGGCAGAAGCAGCAUCACUGGGGCACCGGUCGGGAGAUGUUGGUUGACGGCACGGACUGGGUAGGCAAGACGGUCGGGAUUGCCGGAUACGGGAGUAUCGGGCGUCAAGCCGCACGUGUCUUCAAGGCUCUUGGAUCGAAUAUUCACGCCUACACGGCGGGUGCGCGCGCAACACCCGUUCCCGGAAAGGCACUACUAAACACAUGCCGUGGCCCCGUGGCCCAUGGGGCACGAGGAAAAAAAGAAUCGAGAAAGGACAACGGCUACAUCGUCCCCGGCACGGGCGACCCAGACGGCACGGUCCCGCGGGCGUGGUACUCCGGGACGACGAAGGAAUCGCUGCACGCGUUCCUGUCAUCAGGGCUGGACGCACUGGUCAUCUCUCUGCCCUUGACGCCCUCGACCCGCCACCUCUUUUCGACGCGCGAGUUCGAGAUCCUCGCCAACACGACCCACGCUGCCGACGGCACGCCCAAAAAAUCCCGCUCGGCCUAUCUGAUCAACAUCGCCCGCGGGGCCCUGGUCGACCAGCCCGCGCUGAAAGCCGCGCUCGACAACGGCGUCCUCCUCGGCGCGGCCCUCGACGUCACGGACCCGGAACCCCUCCCCAGUGACGACCCCCUCUGGGACACGAAGAACGUCAUCAUCACGCCGCAUAUCAGCGGGCACGGCACCGAGUACGCGCUGCGUGCGUUCGACGUCUUCAUGGUGAAUUGGGCACGGCACGAGAGGGGCGAGAAGAUGUUUAACCUGCUCGAUCGGCAUAAAGGGUAUUGA